GAAGUGGAUCAAAGGCCUAAAAGGUGGUCAAAAUUAUCGCAAUUUGCGAGUAAGCCCGUAAAUACCGCAUACCUAUAUAGGCACUCUCCUUUCAUUUCUCACUUUGUCCAGUCCUUUGUAGUAUUAGUGUGUAAAACAACAGAGGAGAUGGAGUCAAGACUUAGAAGAAUAAUCCCACAACUCUGUUGUACACAGAAGAAUAACCAAAAGUUUCUUAGCAUAAAUCUAGCCACAAGCUAUCCUAACCUUAAUGAGCAAGUCAAGGCAUGAAUUUUCUUUUCUUUUGUCUCCACUACCUUCAUGUGUUUCUCUAUUCUUGGCCCCAUAUGCCACUUUUGUUUUUUUUCUUCUACCUCAAAAUCAAGAUCAUAGAGUAUAUCAUGCCGAAAUCACAUGGAAUGGUUCUUGUUCCGUUCAUUCUUUUAUUAAUUUCAACAAAUAUGGUAGCCCAAAAAUCUAUUGUGUUUGGGUUCAUUGAUCAUGAUCAAGUUUCAAAAAGACCUGAUCCUCUGCACCAGUUCAAGUUAUAUAACGGAACUUAUAAUCUUGGCAACAAGCACUAUUGGGCUUCUGCGGCUUUCACAGGCAUUCACGGCUAUGCAAUUGCUGGGAUUUGGUUAUUUUUUGGAUUGGGAUUUGGGAGUUAUAUGAUAUAUAAGUAUUUUCAUGGCAACUCAGCAACUCCAAUUGUUGACUAUCCACCUUCUUCCUACAUUUUGAUGUUUUUGCUCGUUCUUCUGUUUACCAUUCUUGCCAUAAUUGCAAGCAGUGUUAUUUUGGCAGCAAAUAAUGGUUUUGAACAUAGAGUGGAAACGCUUCGCCAAACAAUUUUUGAUGCUGGUGGGGAUACUCGUCAUACCAUUAGAAGAGUAAUAAAGGUUUUGCUAAAUAUGCAAACUGCUUUAAGCCCUUAUGAUUCAGUAGCAAACCAGAUGUUGAAUGUUACAACUCAUAGGCUUCGAAGAGGAUCUAUUAUGAUUCAACAGUUUGUUGACAAAACCAGACAUUCAAGUAAUGAAGCAAUUACAAGUCUGUAUGUUGCAAAUAUUGUUGUUGUGACUGUCAAUUUGGUAUUUUUGGUUAGUGCAUUAGUUUUGCUCAUUUGGCAUUGGCCUCUUGGAUUUAUAAUAAUAAUCUUUUGCUGCUGGAUUUUGACAACUCUGAGUUGGGUGCUGACUGGCUUUGAUUUCUUCUCCCAUACCUUUGCAGAAGACACGUGCUCAGCUUUAGAGGACUUUCAACAGAACCCUAAGAACAAUAGCUUGCAACUUAUACUUCCCUGUGCAGAAGCUGGAACUUCUGAUAAAACAUUGGCGCAGAUUGGCUCCACUGUUCACAAUUUCAUAACUCAGCUAAAUUCUAAGCUGACAGAGGUGCAAGGAUUAGGAUUAAAUGAUAUGGGGGAAAAUAACUCAGGAAAAAGAGGAAUUUGCGACCCCUUCUCCGGUGCACCUAAUUUCAGCUUCACACCUGAUCUCUGCCCUAAGGAUACUAUUCCAAUUGGAGAACUGAAAUAUGUUCUGUCAAGAGUCACAUGUUAUGGAGAAAAUUCUACAGGUGAUUGCUUGGGUGAAGGAAGAUUCAUUCCACAGGCCUCAUCUGUGGUGUUAUUUGCUUACACUGAAUCUAUUCAAGACCUAAUAGAAAUAUUCCCUGAUUUAUUGAGCCUAACUCAGUGCUCCACAGUAAAACAAGCAUUUUCCAACAUUUUACAGCACCAAUGCAGGCCAUUUAGAAUUUCAGCACGAAUACUAUGGUCAUCUAUGUUGUCACUUUCUAUUAUUAUGGUACUUCUGGUAUUAACUUGGAUAGUAAAAGCUCAUCAAGAAAGAGGAAGAAGCUUUGAUACGUGUUCCAUUGUCCCUAAAUCCGUCUAACAUGCCAAGAAACUUGGCCAAAAAACAGAUAAUUGUGCAGGCAAUGUAAAGAUGUAGAUGGUUUGCCUUUUUUUCUUUUGAUAAUUAUAGUUGAAGUAUACGGUAUACUCUUUCCCCUGAAGUCGCAAGACGCCAAACAAAUGGGGGUUAAGCUAUACAAGAAAUAUAGAAUAUCUACCAAAAAUGUACUUGGUUUAUUAAUUGGUUCUUGAUGGGUACUCGAGGCUAAGUGUUGGCCAUGUAUAUUUGCUAACUUUGCAGAUUUGAUACGCUACCUCUUGAUUAAUUUUAGUUCUGUCUGUUAGUUGGA